AUGACGGUGAACUUCAAACCAGAGACACAGUACAUGGUAGCGGAGGCGUUGGUGGCGGAAUUUCGUUGGCUCGGCGACAGAGCCUGGCAGAGAGAGCGCAAGGCAGACAGGCGUCGGGUCCUGUGUACACUCCAAGCGCUGAGAUUGACGUGCCGGAGUUUGGGACAAGCCAACAUCAUCAAGGCCGCCAUAUUCGAGGAGAUCACGCUUCAGGCAACGAUACUCGAAUUCGACCGCCUGACACCGACCGCAAUCUUGUCCCUUGCGCCCUUCGUUCGAAAAGUCAAUUUUCUACCCACCCCAUUUGUCACCAGUCUGGAUCUUGGUGCAUUUACCAGAGUGCUUCGGGUCUUGUCACAACAUGAAUCAAACCUACCCCUUCGAUGCCAAAGACAUGUGGCGAGACAAUGGGGUGACAUCCCGACGACGGAAGCCGGAAUCGCAGCUGCUUUCAGGGCUCAUGGCGAACAAGCCAACGUGGAUGAAUAUCUUCUAACUUGUGGUGAACUGCAAUGUCUGUGGACUGCGGCGCUUCGAUCCUUCCAGCAUGCGAACAGUUUUGAACUACUCUCAGUCUUUGGCAGCCACCCACUGGAUCCAAGUGAGCACCCCGGAAGUCUCCACUGCGACUCGUGCCUGGAAUCCAAGUACGCACUAUUCGACCGGACGGGGGCCUCCGAGGGACAAAUGCUCCGGACGGCGAUCCAGUGUCUUGCGUCCUCCAACGCGCAGAUCAAGACUAUGUCAAUCCAUCGAUCUCUUGCGCAGCAUUUUCCCACAUGGCCGUCUGCUUCGUGGAACCUAUUGGAUCUCAGUAGCCUCAAAACCUUCAAAUUUCCAGACCUGGAGAUCGUGGAAGAUGAUGACGACGAGCACUUCGUAGAACGAGACGCAGCAGUGGAAAAUUGCUUGGUGCAGUUCCUUCGGAAGCCUCUCCCUAACCUACGGGAGUUGAGCGUCGACCACCUGGCGCCCGAGCCUCGCAUGACGCUGCCAUUACUUCCGCUGGGCUCCCUUGCCCAGCUUCGCAGCCUGACGCUCGGAGGGUUAACACUCCAGGUCUCCCGCCUUGCAACGAUCAUCACAAGUUGUGUUGCGUUGGAAGACCUCUCUCUGAGGCACUGCCAUCCUCAGGGACCUGGAGGACGUGUUCUAGAAGGGCCGGGAGAUGAUGCGUGGCGGCCGCUGUUCGACGCCUUGUCUCAACAUCUAAACUUGAGACGUGUCACGAUUGUCGACGAGUGGGACGCUGCUAACAACCAAGGUGUGAUCGGCGCUCCUUCCAAUGCCAACACUGUCGACACCGAAACCUAUCGGGUCAGGCUCCACACCGGCCUGGCAGCCCAUCGAACUCCAGUAAUCGACGGGGUAUGGGAUGUGGCAGUGCGUGCCUUCCUGGAACGGCAGCAGCAAGAUCCGCAGUGA